AUCUCCGUAGCGAUGACCACGGUAUCCAUGGAGCCCCUGCUGGUCCUGAUGGAGCUGAUCCCCAACGCCACCGACCCGCCUUUAGACUCCACCCCUUCCUCUCCCGAAGACACCGCCGCCACCUUCACAAUAGGCUGUAUUCUCUCCCUCAUGUGUCUGGUCGGCGUCUCCGGAAACAUCUACACCCUCGUGGUCAUGUGUCAAUCCAUGCGUUUCGCGGCGUCCAUGUAUAUUUACAUCAUCAACUUAGCCCUGGCUGACCUCCUCUAUCUGUUGACCAUUCCGUUCGUGGUCUGCACGUACUUCCUGAAAGGUUGGUAUUUUGGCGAUGCUGGGUGCAGGAUUCUAAUCAGCAUGGAUUUUCUGACGAUGCACGCCAGCAUUUUCACGCUGACCAUCAUGAGCACGGAGAGAUACUUUGCCGUGCUGAAACCGCUGGACACAGUCAAGCGGUCCAAGAGCUACCGCAAAGCCAUUGCGGUGCUUGUAUGGGUGGCUUCCCUGGUCCUGACUUUACCAAUGAUUCUCAGUAUUCAGAUGAUGAAGGUGGGGAGCAAGGCCAUGUGCCAGCCGACUAUCUCACCGCUGUCCUAUAAGGUGUACAUCACCUUCCUGUUCUGUACCAGUAUUGUGGCUCCGGGGAUGAUCAUUGGCUUUCUCUACAUCGGGCUGGCUCGUACCUACUGGAUCUCACAGACAGAAACCUUCAAACAGACCAAGAAACUACCCAACCAAAAGGUCCUCUAUCUGAUCUUCACCAUUGUACUGCUGUUCUGGGCCUGUUUCCUGCCCUUCUGGAUCUGGCAGCUCCUGGGUCAGUUCCAGCCCUCCAUCCAUCUCUCCACCAAGUCCAAGCGCAACAUCAACUACUUGACCACCUGUCUCACCUACUCCAACAGCUGCAUCAACCCUUUCCUCUACACGCUGCUCACCAAGAACUACAAGGAGUACCUGCGGAAGCGCCAGCGCACCUGGACCGCGGGUAGCUACUUCAACCGAUGGAACCGGUUCCAGCGAUCACCCAGGAGGUCGCUGUCCUCCAGCAGCCAGCAGUGCACGGAGAGCUUCGUGCUCACGCACACGCCGUCUCUGCGCACCACGCACAACAGCAGCCUGUGA